AGCCUUUGACCGCGUGUCGCCGCGAGCAGAGACUCUAGAAACAAGCGCCCAGUGCAGCGGACCUUCAUGCUACGACAUGGACCUGGCCGGCUGGGCCAUGGGGAAGGCAGGAUAGUGCUGGUCUUCGAGAGCACCGAUGACUCUGAGCCUGAGAGAAGUGGCGACGAUGCCCCAUUCACUUGGAGCGAGGCAACCAAGAGCGUCUGCUGCUAUCCGCUGAAGGUCUUCCUGCCGAGGGAAGCUGGCCGGCCGAGCUGCCGCUGGGUCUACCCGGUCGUGUUUGGCGGUGGCCUUGUGAGUGGAGACGCCACCCACAUUGACGUCACCGCGACCGUCGGAACAUGCGUGCUGCUCACGAGCCAGUCGUAUCCUAAGGUCUACCAGUCGAAGCCCGGGGAGUCGUCGGUGCAGCACUGUACCUACACUGUGCAAGAUGGCGCUUUGCUCUGUGUGCUGCCCGACAUCACGGCGUGCUUUGCGGACGCCUGCUUUGACCAAACACAAACAGCGCAUCUCUCGGCCGCGGCCAACGUCGUCCUGCUCGACUGGUACCUCGCUGGACGCGUGGCCAACGGCGAACGGUGGGCACUGACCAGGCUGGCGUCGACAAUCACUGUCCUCGUGGAAAGCGAGCUGGUUCUCCGUGAAGCCGUCGACAUGGCUACCAUCGCGGGCUUGUCUCUCCAGCAGUCCAUGGGCUCCUACGAUGUCACUGGUGUCUGCGUGUUACUGGGUCCUUACUUGGUGCCACUGGCGGCUAGCAUCUGCACGCAGCUCGAGAGGCGCGAACAGUAUGGCGUGCAGCCGAGCCGCUCUUUUGUCGCAGCCUGCAGCCCGCUCCGCUCCGAUGAUGGAAAGCUGAGGGGAUGCGUAAUGAGGAUUCUGUGCUUGUCGUCGCAACAGGGCAGCGCCGUACAACGCCGUGUUGAACGUCGGCCGCCGGGCUUCCAUGCGGAGAAGUUGGAUGGGUGCCGGCGGAUGGUGGUGGCCGGCCUCUCGGUGCAGCAACGAAGUGGAGCGGUACAAAAAGCGGUCGCAAGAAUCGCUGAAAAGAGGCGACAGUUGCACGCACCGCCUUUAGCAACAAAAAACAAAAAACAAUCAAACAAACAAGUAAAUAAAUAAGUAAAUACAUAAAUAAAGAAACGCUGAGAUGGGUCAAUUGUGCAAAAUAGAGGACUGAGACCUGUUUUUCGUGCAGGCCGAUAUUUUUCAAGUCCGAAACAGUGCAUCACACUAAGUUCACUUGUGUCGUGAUUAAGUUCGACACUAAAGGCAGGUGGAAAAGCGUAGUAUAAUCACACAUUUCACACAAGAAUUUUUCAGGAGCGUUCGUUUAGUGACUAUAGAGGGGGAGGAAUAUACCUAAACAUCUGCGUGUUGUAUCUUGCAUGCAUUCACGUGACAACGUUUCCCAAAGAAACAUUUAGAAUUUCGAACAGCAGCAGUUCAACACUACUUUAGGUAAUGCUUGACAGCCUCUGAAAAACGUUAUACGAGAUGGAUGUUAAGAAAGCAGCGCAGAGGUCUGUAAUUUGCCAUUUUGCGCCAUACGAAAGUAUUGAAGGUGGAAGUUUCCUAGCAGAGAAAAUGAAGCUUCGUCAUCGCCUGUGGAAAAUAGUUUUCGGAGCCGCCUUUAUCUUCAUCCAUCCUUGUUAUACACGCAUCCACUGAUUCAUUCGUCAAAGCCAAAAUACUCUGACGAUGACAAAUCACGUACAAUAUGAAAUAAGGAGAUCCUAACUAUAUAUUAACAAUAUUCUGAAGCGCAUUGUGGCAGUCUGUGCGUGUUCUAAGAAUUUGGCCAAUCUGCACACCGUGCACAAGUCGAAAUUUCCCUCUGUAUAGAGUUUCUCUUUUUCUUUACAUUAUUCGACAGCUUUCUCGUUUCCGGCUGACUAUCUUCAAUUCGACUCGCCACUGAAGUUGAGCGCCCAUUCACCGAGACAGCUCAGUGACUGCCUCCUCCGCUCUUUCCGUCUUCAACGAUUGCGAAGGAGAAGCCUGUCAGGAUUUAGUGCGGCUUUGCAGACCCUCUUCAGCUAUAGCUAUUGAUCGCUGCUCUAUAAUAAAGCCCCGAAAACAGCAGCACCGCCUGCGUCC